AUGAUACCACAGCACAUGCCCAGUGAGUCUGUCGUGGUCCUCACACCAAAUGGCUUCAAGUUUCCCCAAACAGAGCAACCCACACCCACCAACCAAGGACAGGUUAGCUUGAUGAAACAUCUAAAGACAGAGAUCAAAGUUCUUGGGACUAUCCAGAUCCUGUGUGGGUUGAUGGUGUUCAGCUUGGGACUCAUUUUGGUAUCUUCCCUUCUCUCCUCAAUUCACUCCAGUUUUAUAAUUGCUGGAUCACUAUCGAUCAUCACAGAGAAAAAGUCGAUUAAGCCAUUGGUUCAGAGCAGCCUGACUGCAAGCAUUCUGAGCUGUUUAUCUGCUGUAGUGGGUCUCAUUCUGCUCCUUAUCAACCUGCUUGCUUUGGGCCAUGCCUCCUGGCAGUGUGAGUUGGACAUGCAGGUUUUGCCAACCUCAUAUUACAGAUAUCAUGAUGAUAUGGAGUGCUCCAUGGCCACCACCAUUUUGACUGGGCUAUUGUCUAUAAUGCUGAUAUUCUCUGUGCUGGAGCUCUGCCUUGCUGUGCUUUCUACCAUGCUUUGGUGGAAAACGGCUCACUCUGACUUCCCGGAGAGUGUGCUGUUCCUGCCUCUGAGUUCCAAGAACACAACCAAUUUGACUCAUGACCCUGGAUAUGAAGAAUUAUUGACUUCUUAG